CCACCUAAGGGUCCAGGGGCAGCGCGGCGGCAGGUUUUGCAGCCACCGCACAUGGGGCUAGGGCCGGGACUGGGACCAUACUGGGGCAGAAUCCGGGGGCUGUGGGCGCAGCCAGCACGGAAAGACCUGAGACGUGAGAGCAGAAAGAUGGUGACGAGUUAGGGCCAUCGGAGGCACCCGUAGCACCUCAGAGCCUGGCUGGCUCCCUCAAGUCCCCGCCCACCCGGAAACAGCUUCGCUCCGCCCCGCAGGGGAUCGGUCCCAGCUGCGGCGUGCGGCCCAAGACACCUCCCGCGGUCCCAGGCCCGCUUUCCCGAUGGCCCGCUACGAGGAGGUGAGCGUGUCCGGCUACGAAGAGUUCAUACAGGCUGUGAAGCAGCACAAUGGCAAGACCAUUUUCGCCUACUUUUCCGGUUCUAAGGACGCCGAAGGGAAAAGCUGGUGCCCCGACUGCGUGCAGGCUGAACCAGUUGUACGAGAGGGGCUGAAGCAUACUGUUGAAGGAUGUGUGUUCAUCUACUGCCAAGUAGGAGAAAGACUUUAUUGGAAAGAUCCAAAUAAUGACUUCAGGAAAAAGUUGAAAUUAACCGCAGUGCCUACACUACUUAAAUAUGGAACACCUCAAAAACUGGUAGAAUCUGAGUGUCUUCAGACCAACCUCGUGGAGAUGUUGUUCUCUGAAGAGUAAGAUUUGAUGAUGGCAAUUGUGUCUUGAUUUCCUGAUUUGCUCUAGUAUAAAAGAAACUGCACACUUGCUUUGAAUUCAUGUUAGCAAUAAAUAAAUGAUGAUUAAAAGAAAAA